AGGGCCGCCCCCGGCCCCACGUGGCUCGGGGGACACGCCGGGUUUAUAAGGCGUCCCCGGCCACCGCACGGGUGCGGGAGACGGCGGCGGCUCUGGCCGGGAGCGGGAUUCGAACCCGCGGUCCUCGGAUGCGCCCGGCCAGCCACGGCGGGGCCCCGGCCGGCAGCGGGUCAUGGAGCUGCCCACGGAGCUGCCCACGGAGCUGCCCACGGCUGCCGGUACCACCUGGGGCAACGGGACCGCCUGGGCCCCCCUGCCCGGCCACGGGGUCAACGACACGGGGCCGCAGCGGGCCAAGAACGCCACGUCCAUCCUCAUCGCCAUCGUCAUCACCGCGCUCUACUCCGUGGUGUGCGUGGUGGGGCUGCUGGGCAACGUCCUGGUCAUGUACGGCAUCGUCAGGUACACCAAGAUGAAGACGGCCACCAACAUCUACAUCUUCAACCUGGCCCUGGCAGACGCGCUGGCCACCAGCACGCUGCCCUUCCAGAGCGCCAAGUACUUGAUGGAGACCUGGCCCUUCGGGGAGCUGCUCUGCAAAGUCGUGCUCUCCAUUGACUACUACAACAUGUUCACCAGUAUCUUCACGCUCACCAUGAUGAGCGUGGACCGCUACGUCGCCGUGUGUCACCCGGUCAAGGCCCUGGACUUCCGCACGCCGGCCAAGGCCAAGGUCAUCAAUGUCUGCAUCUGGGUGCUCUCCUCCCUCAUCGGGGUGCCCAUCAUGGCCAUGGCAGUCACCAAGUCAAAAGAUGGGGUGGUGCUGUGCACGCUCCAGUUUCCUGAUCCCCCCAUCUACUGGGACACUGUGACCAAGAUCUGCGUCUUCAUCUUCGCCUUCAUGGUCCCCAUCUUGGUCAUCACCAUCUGCUACGGGCUGAUGAUCCUUCGACUGAAGAGCGUCCGCCUCCUCUCGGGCUCCAAGGAGAAAGACCGCAACCUGCGGCGCAUCACGCGCAUGGUGCUGGUGGUGGUGGCAGCCUUCAUCAUCUGCUGGACGCCCAUCCACAUCUUCGUCAUCGUCUGGACGCUGGUGGACAUAGACAAGAAGAACCCCUACGUGGUGGCCAGCCUGCAUUUCUGCAUCGCCCUGGGUUAUACCAACAGCAGCCUCAACCCCGUCCUUUACGCUUUCCUGGAUGAAAAUUUCAAGAGGUGUUUCCGAGAGUUUUGCCUGCCUUUCCGAGCACGCGUGGACCAGAACAGCUUCUCCCGUGCCAGAAACACCACGCGGGAGCGCAUUUCCACCUGCACCCCUUCUGAAGCCCGCAACAAGCCGGCAUGACUAGACGUGGGCAGCCUCCAGCGGGGCUGCCGGGGCCACGGAGGGGACGACCUGCGCUCAGAAGUGACCCAGGUCACCACCACGGAGCUCUAGCAGAGUGGUGGCCCGGGCACUGCUCAGUAACACCGCUGGGUUUAUGUUCAGACUGACAGCAAGUGACUGCAAAGACUUUUUUCAUCCUGGAGAACCAGGGAUAGGGGAAUCGGGACUCACCAAGCAAUGUAGGGAGAGGACCAAAACAAGAGGCACCCUGGGCAGAGCUGCUCUGCUGCUGCUUCCACCGUGGCCGGGGACAGCCGGCAGCUCCAUACACCCAACAAGGGCUGUCACCCUCCGACACACGGCUAUCGGCAAAGCCUAAGCAUCGUGGGACACCAUGAUUGCAAUGACCACGUGCUUCUUCUCCUGCAUGGGCCAAGAUGGCACCACAGCCCACGGCAGGAGGGGAAACACUCCCGUGGCAAAAGGGAGCUGUGCCGGGGGGUGAUGCCACAUCAUGGGACCUCACUCCAUCCCCCUCUGAGCUGUGUCCAAAAAACGGCCAGAGAUGGGAAGAGACAACAAUACCGCUUCAGAGACAAUGCUAUCAAAGAGCUCCAGAUCCACAGUAAAAAUUUUACUGGAGUCCUUCAAACGAGAACUGCCCCGGAGGACAACUUUCUACUGUUAAUGUCAUUACUGUAUUAUUUAGAGACCUCUGACUGCAGCCGUAGUCACAGAUGUGAUGCUGGGAAUUCGGAUACGGCCAGGGGACGGGUCGGGGGAUGAAGCAGGGCACAUUCCAAUCUCACCCUGUGUCCACGUGGCGAUGCCAAAUUCCCCUGGCCCAGCAUCCAUCAGGGUGAUGGGGAACCGCUCCUCGCCCAUCUGCCUCCAAAGACAUUAAACCGGAGAAAGAUCUCAUUAAGCGAGCAACUGUGGGGACUUGAGGAGUUUCUCACAGUGCUAAAGCAAUUAGGAUGGACUAACGGGCGGUGCUGCGAGGUCUCUCCCUCCCCUGCCCGUUAGGUGAAGGAUGAGCAACAGCACUGCCCAGAUUUCCUUUAGCAAAGCCAAAAGGGAUAGGAUGGGGGUUUUUUUUUAGUAGAAGAUGGGAAAAACAUCAGCAUCAUUUCAUAAUUCCCCAAGCAGGGACAGAGGUUGUGCAAGCACUGAGAGAGGACCCACAGCCUGCGAGAGGCAGAAAUUUUGGGAUUUCAUGCUCAGCCCUCAUCUGGAUGGAGCAGCCAUCCCUCCGAAGAGGCGGCCGAGCUCGAAGGCAGCGCAUCCUGCAGGAGCCACCGGCCAGGGACCUCUGGACCACAUCAUCUGCUGCUAAACAAUGACUGAUGGGUCCUCCCAGGCUUCCGCUCCCUGAACACCCCCGCCAGCCCCACGCCGGCUGCGAGCAGCAUCCGGGAGCCGCGACUUUUCCUUCCUCUCACCUUCCCACUGCCGCGGCUGCAGCCGGGAGGUCAAACGACCUGAGGAGGAGGAGGCUCAGAGGGAGCAGUAAUAGCAUUUAGUGGACAAAUUGAUGCAGCUGGAGGAAGCAAGCAAGUGCCCGGGUGCACCUGGGGCUCGUGGGCUGGAUGGAGAGUCUGGGUUGUGUCUCUGGUUUUUCCAGUUGCAUCAAUUUAGCCUAAUAAAGGCCAUUACCUCUCCUUACCAGCCCAACCUUUCUCCAGAGCCUGUGGAAAUUGCAGCCUCCCCUUUAGGAAGGCAGAGCCGACGAGGCAGCCAAAACCAAUUUCUUUUUCAAAGGAAUCAAAUAGGGUGAAAUUGCCCAUUUGGAUCUCAAAUGAAUUGCCACCAAAGCGUGCAAGCGAUCCUCGUCUGCCUGCACCGUGUCCUCCCCCCCUGAGCAAAAGCCCCUUGCUCGGCGUUGCAUCAACCUGGACAUCUCCAGCUCCCACCCAGGGCUCCUUGGGAUCCCUUUGCAGGCACGGAGAGAGUCCUGGACCACUGGCAGAGCCACGCUCUGUCUCCUCAUCCCCUGCUGCUGCAAGCCUGGCUGCUCAUAGAGCAUCGGGUGCAGGAGGGCGAGCAGGUUUGGCUCCAGGGCAGGAAUUGGGGGAAAACCCCCAGGGUCCCACGAGGCUGAGCUUUGGCUCCAUGCGAAGAGAGACUAAGGUUUCUAAGGUGGUCCUCUGACACCCUUCAGCUCCCCACCUCCACCCACCGUGGGGGCAAAACCCUCAGUACCACGUGGUGGGAAAGGCUCUUGGUUUGGGAGCGAGGUCUUGGCAAUGGUGGGAUGUCCCAACAGGGCUGGACGUCCCUGCAGGGAUGGGAUGUCCCACGUUGUAGACCAAGACAUCUUGGGUUUCACUCCAGGCUGAAGUAUGAAGCUGAAUUCUGGCUUGAUAUCUCAAUUUGGGGGGUAACCCCCAAAAAUGUGAUGACCCAAAAAUCAUUGAACUUUUAAACCCACCUCAGCCAGUGCCUCAGUGUCCCCUAGAAACACCGACCCUGUAAUGAAGUCUGGUAAAGACACGAAGGAGAGCAGCGUUUCCAACCGCAGCAGCUGCCGAGAGCACAGCAAAGAAACUGGGGGACAUGGAGGAGGUGAACCCCAUCAUCCACGGAUGGGGCAUCUCUGCCCCAGCGCAGCCCCUUUGAGGACACGCCAUCGUGUUGGGGGGGACCGAGCCGCAAGUGCCGGGGGCUGCGGGUUGGCUUGGGACUCUGUGGGCUCCCCAAAGCUCAGCCACCCCAUUUCCCAUCUCCACGGGGCCUUUUUGCCAGCUGCCAAAUUCCCAUCCCGCUGGGAAAUGUGCCUGCGAUGGCCUUAAAGCGGGUUAAAAGGCUUCAAGUCAUUAUUUUUUAAAUGCAGCCACGCUUGGGCAGAGCUCAGAGCCCAGGACACAGAGAGGAUCGUGGCUUUUCUUAGCUUAGGUUUUGCUGAAUAAAAAAAAAAAAAAGAAUAUUCCUGGGGAAAAGGGGAUGCUGAUGGCAAACGCCGCACCGGAGCCCUUGCGAUGACACUGACCUAGAGCAUCACCCGCCUGCCCAUUUCAGCAGCAUCCCGGCAGGCACCCGAGGGCUGAUCCAGCUUCUCCGUGCGAUGGCAACCCCCCAAAAACCAGCUCCACCAGCCCCUCGUUUGGGUUGGGAAACGGGGGUCGAAUCCUGACCCAGGGAAACACCACCGGGAGCUUAUAUCUGCCCAUGCAGAGCCAUGCCGCAGCUGGGAUGCUCGGAGGGCUCUCUCUGUAUACUUAUAUAUAUAUAUAUGUAUAUCUCUCUGUCUAUAGCUGUAUGAAAUUAAAGUGACCACAGGUCACCCCAUCCCGCCCUCACCCCCCCCCCGCUAAAGCAGCCCCCUGCUAGCUGGUGUGUGAUGGAGCUCAGGCUCCUGCUGAAUCCGCCGGGUCCACAGCACCGGCCGGGACUUUACAAAGUGCUUCAGCCAGUAUUUCCAGCUCCAGCCCUCGUGAUUUUGGGCUUUUGAUGGCAUUUCUGUAUAGGAACUGUGCUUUCUAAAAAAAUAAAUAAAAUAAAAUAAGAGAUAACAAGCA